AUGUUAGGAUUAUAACCACCUAGAAUUUAAACUAGCUUAGAUGAUGUUUUAGACAUAGCAGAAGAUGUCAUGAAAAAGUUCAUGUUUGAAUUUAGAAAAGCUGCCAUUAAGGAAUUAGAAGAUAUCACAAAAACUGAAAAAACAUGUGUUAGAGAAUAAAUUAGAAAUAUUGCCAAAGUUAGAUUUCAAGAAUUCGCACUUGUCAUUAAAGAGCCUCUCACUUAAGUGAUUAAAACCAUUAGGGAAGAUGCAGCUAAAAUAGAACCAAAAAGACCCUUGGAUGCUAAUAAAAUUUUAUACCCAUUACAUGGACCAAGAAGCUAACAAGAUAGAAUAUAAUCAGCACCAAACAUCAAUAGAGAUGUUAAAAUAGUUUCAACUAGUGAAAGAGGAUUUGUCAUUAAUGAAUUAAAAUUCAACAAACUUUAAGAAUUCAUAACUUAUCCUAAAGAUGUUAGAUAAGUAUAAAGACUAUCCGUUGAGCUUGAUAGUUAAGGAAUAGGUGAUAACGGUUUACCUCACUUUGGUCGUAUUUUAGGAAUGUAUCAUGGUUGUAGAUCUCUCAUCCUUAACCUUUCUACGAAUUCUAUAACAUAAAAAGGAGCUGAAUUAUUAGGAUAGGGAAUGUUUGAAUUGAAGAAUUUAGUAUAUUUAAAUUUGAAUCUUUAUAAUAAUAAAGUGAAAUAAAAAGGUAUGAACGUUAUAAUUGAACCUAUUGCUAAUAAUUGUGCCUGUUUAAGAGAACUUAGAGUAGAGCUAGCUUGCAAUUAAAUAGGAUCUGGAGGUAUGGCUGAUCUUGGUGUUCAUUUGCUGAACAUAAGAAGUUUAGAUAAAUUAUGGCUAGGUUUAUAUGACAACUAAAUUUAUGAUGAUGGUAUGAAAAACUACUUAAAUAGCUUUGCUAAGUGCUAAGCAUAUACCACUUUCACUAUUGAUUUAAGGCUUAAUCCUAUCCAAAAGAGUCUGAUUGAAAAACUUAAAACCUAUAUUAAACAUAAAAAAAUUAACAAUUUCGAACUUUAAUGCUGA